CUAGCUAGUGGCGUCCUCACUAUCUGCUGAAGCGAAAAAAGAACUGAAGCUAUCGAUCCAAUGGCAGAGGGCAAGAGCUCCGGCGACCUGUUCUCCAGCGGCAAGCUGGUCGCGGAGGCCGCCGCGUCGGCGUUCCAGCAGAAGAGCGUGGAGAACGUCGACAAGAAGGAGGUCGCCGGCGCGGCGGCCGAGAUCCUGCACGCGGCGUCCACGUACGGCAAGUUCGAGGACAAGCCGGCCGGGCAGUACAUCGAGAAGGCCGAGGGCUACCUCAAGGAGUUCAGCGCGGGAGGACACGCCGCCGAGCCUGCGGCUGCAGGCGACGCGGCGCCGCCGAAGCCAGCGGAGGAGGCGCCCAAGGAGAAGGAGCCGGUGCCUGCGCCGGCGCCCAAGGAGGAAGGCGGCAAGUCGUCGUCGGAAGGGUUUGGCCUCGGCGACGUCGUGAAGGGCGCUGAGCAACUCGUGGAGAAGCAGGGCGGCGCCGGGGAGGAAAGCGCCGCCGGUGGGCUGUUUAAGAUGGCGCAGGGCUUCCUCAAGUAGAUGGAACUCGAUCAAAGCUCCAUCCACGCACUGCUCUUGAUUUGUCUGCCCAACGGCAACGUGUAGCUGUGUAUGUCUGUUAUGUAAUUAUUAACUUCAAAUAAUGUUGCCUUCGCUGUGUGUGUUCUUCAAGAUGUUUGUGUAAUAAUAACCGAGAACGUUGUAGCAGUGGUGGCAGUGUGCUUUUCGACCUGUCUUUUGAUAAUUUAAAAAACAUUGUAUGUUGUAUAAACACUCAGUCCUUGUUUA